AUGGCGAGAGUUAGUGUGUUGAAUGAUGCUCUCAAGAGCAUGUACAAUGCUGAGAAGCGCGGGAAGCGACAGGUCAACAUCAGACCAUCCUCAAAAGUCAUCGUCAAGUUUCUUCUGGUCAUGCAGAAGCAUGGAUACAUUGGCGAGUUUGAAUAUGUAGAUGAUCGCAGGGCUGGUAAGAUUGUGGUUGAAUUGAAUGGGCGGUUGAACAAGUGUGGUGUGAUUAGUCCACGCUUUGAUGUUGGUGUCAAAGAAAUUGAGCCCUGGACUGCAAGGUUGCUCCCAUCACGACAGUUUGGCUGCAUUGUUCUGACUACGUCCGCAGGCAUCAUGGACCAUGAUGAAGCUAGGAGAAAGAAUGUUGGAGGCAAAGUACUAGGUUUGUUUGUCAUAGAGGAUGUAAUACCGUACUCACGGUUCCUCUUAUGGAACUUCAGAGGAUUGUUCUUCCCUUCUGUUUCUUGGAUGUUUACUUCAUUUUGACUGCAAGAGGAAAUUAAAUCUGUUACUCGAAGAAGAUAAUUUACUUUGUUCUAUUAGUGCUAAUUGUUACCGAUCCUGAUUUUUCCUUCUUUUUUCCCCCUCGCCUGUCAUUCACCUAGGCUAUUUCGUUUUUUAAUUUUCACCAGCCACUGUAGAUUCUCAAUUUAUUUCCACAUUCAGUUGCCAUUGUAAAAAUAUUACUUGAGUUCUUUUGUAACCUAGAUUUUGUUAAUGAUGGUUCCGUUGCAUUCUUUAGUCACCAUCUUCAUGAGAUCAAGGGGGUAUUCCAAUGAAACUUUGCGGUGUUCCCUGAGCUGAUUUAGUGCUUUUUAGCGGAUGUAUUCGGUUUGGUUUUUGCCCAUUCAGGAUAACGCUUCAGCAGUCUGAUUAAAUUUGAACCAAGUUGAUCCGGUUAAUGGUACAUUCAAGAACUCAGGCAGCAAUUCGAAAUUCGGGAUCUUACGCUAUGCAAUUGCCUAUUGAGGGUAGAGAGGAACCGCCCGACGUUUUAAGUUUAAUAUUAGGAGCGUUUGAGACAUCAAAACUUGGUUUUUAGAGGCCUCGAGGAUCGAUAAACUUAGCACUUGUUGUGCUUCUGUUUUGCGAGAUUGCCAGAAUUAGGCUGGAAAAAGACCAUGCAAAUCUUUUUUGGUUGGGACCUUGUUUUCUCUUUAACCAGCUAUUAGAUGCUUGUUUGCGGGAAGCUGGGAAGCAGGAUCCGUGUGAAUACUGUCUUCUUUCUUCUCCGUGUCAUGGCUCUUCACGUCUCUUUUAGGUAGUAGCCUUCGUAAUGGCACCAAUUUUUUAUUUUAAUCAGCAGGCAUCGGAUGCCCGCACUGCGGAACCAUCAGGGCGUGCUGUAAAAGAGGUCCUGGUUUUCGUAUAUGUUAAGAUGCAAUACUUUUAUCUUUUUUAUAUGUUUUUGAGCUCCAUGGCACAGCAAGAGAUCCAAUUGCCCAGCAUGUACGUAAUUGAAAUAUCAAACAAAGAUGCUGGUGGCGCAGAUACCGGAUUGAAAAAAAAAAAAAACUCUUAUUCUUCAAAUCCCAGGCCACACGGUUAAUUGUGAAAUUGUAAAUGAUGCAGUGAGAGAGAGAGAGAGAGACGCACACAAGGGGGUAAAACUCAUAAUAAAAUUACUGGAUUAGAUAUUUAAAGCAUCACAAAAGAGAGAUUAUACCAUUUCCUUACAUCAUAUCACGCGAUAUUCUGCCAAAGUUGCUAAAUUGCCCUGCAUGGUCUGAUCACCAUCACGGCCAGCCUUAAUUCUCUACUCCAGUAAGUGCCCGAGGCUGCGGACGGGCGACCAGGCCAUUGAUGCGGAAGUCCAUGAAGGAAUUCAUGGGGAGAGAGGGAGUUCGGCCUUUUAUAGAUGUGUCCUGUCCAUUCGCCUCAUAAAGAAGAUAUUAGUAGCGAACUGUUUGUCGGCUUAAAUGCGAGGGAUCUUCUCCGCAUAUGCCUCUGGCACGUCUCUUUCUGGCUCCACUUAACUGCCAUUUAGCUCCUUUUCCACUACAUCAACUAGUGGCGGAAUCUGGGGAGCUUGUCCCUUUCUCGCUUUUUCUUUUUGCAAAAAUUUUAAAAAUAUCAAAUAGCAGCUAAAAUUUUAAAUUGGGUGCAAAAUGAUCUAGUUGUCUAUCUCUAUUAUAAAACAUUAUCAUAUGAUGAUCAUCUAAUAACUGAACUUUGUAAAAUUUUGGAAUUGCCCAUUUUACUAACUUAGCAAUCGGCUCUUGUUUUGGUGGGAAUUGAAGGGGAAGAAAGAAGUGUCACGUGGCAGAACGCUUUGUGAUCCAUGCCAUCACAUGAAUGACAAUGAACAAAAGGCUUCGACAUUUAUGCAGGUGGAUGGAUGACAAAGAAUAGAAUGUUUUGAGAUUUGUGCAGACGAAAUGGAGUGGUUUGACAUUUGUGCAGACCGGUAAAUGAUAGAGGAUGAAGUGCUCAAGAUUUGUGCACGCGAAUAGAGGACCGAGCAUGGAGUAUUUUGAGAUUUGAGCAAGCAGAUAAAUGAGAGAUUUUUGCAGGAUGGAGCGCUUUGAGAGUUGUGUAGGUGGAUGAAUGAUAAAGAAUAGUUUGCUUUGAGAUAUGUGUAGAUGAAUGGAUGAUGGAGGAUAUUAUGCUUUAAUAUCUGUGCAGGUGAAUAGAUGAUAGAGAAUGAAGCGCUUUGAGAUCUAUGUAAUUGUAGGCGAAUGAAUGAUAGAGAAUGAAAUGCCUUAUGAUGGAUGAUAGAAAAGGGAGCAAUUUGAGUUCGUGCAAAUGGAUGGAUAUAAAGGGUGGAGCGCUUUGAGACUGUGCAUAUAAAUAAAUCACAAGCGGAGUGCUUUUGAGAUUCGUGCAAGUGGAUGGAAGAUAACAGAUGAAGCGCUUUAAGAUCUAUACAGGUGGAUGGAUGAUAAAGGAUAGAAGACCUUGAGAUUUGUGCAUGUAGAUAAAUAUGAUAGGAUAUAGGAUAGAGUUCUUUAAGAUACAUGUACUUGGAUGAACAACAAAAAUGGGGCAUUUUGAUAUCACAUACAACCGGCCUCUUUGAAUCAAAAGUGUUUCCUUUCUUUUUUUUUUUCUUUUUUCACUGAGAUAGUCAAGAUCCAAAUAAACGAGCCUGGAAAGCUUUCAUUGUUUUCUCCUUGCGAAACACUUUUAUAUGUCAGGUGCAGGUCAACUUCCCUUCGGAAUGAGAGCAGCGGUUGUACCCUUCGCCCGAGAGCACGAAAUAAGGAUUCACCUUCAAUCCAUCAUUGGAUCACCCGCUGCUUGCUUUGAGAUUUGUGCAGGCAGAUGAAUAGAACAAUUCAAAGCGCUUUAAGAUCAGCAUACUGGAUGAUCCAACAGUUGAUGGGCACGAAGGAAGCGAAUCCUCCCUUCGUGAGAAAGAAGAAAUGCUGGCCCUCGAGAUGAACAUAUCAAGUUAAGGUGGCACAACAAACCGAUAAUCCCAUUUAUUUAAAGAGCAUAUUAACCGGCAACCUCGUUAUUUUAAACUUGACGCACAUUAGGGGUGAGCUCCAGAGAUUGGUAUAUGGAUCACGAACAACAAACAAAUGAGGGAGGCUUUGGCGAUCAGGUUAUGGCCUGUUUAUUUUUCCCCGCUUGAAAAAUCUAUACUUCUAUGGAUAGAUGAGCAAAUCUCUUACUAAUCCAACUGCCUUACAGUAGCAGAAAAGGGGGUAGCAGUUCCUCAUGCAAGGCAAAAUAUAUAAACCUGCAUAUGAGCAUGGCAUCAGUUCCCGAAGGCCGCAAGACUGAUGAUGUUAAUGCUACCUCUAGUCUUCUGUGUCGAAUAUAUAAACGAGGUGUGGUUACAGAAAACAAAAGAUUGUCAGAGUAUGAAUAGGAGAAAUUGUCAACAUUCAAUGAACAUCCGCACAAUCAAAUUCAUCAAAAUACAUCCUAUUUAAGAGAUGCAUAUAAAGAUUCAUGAGUUUUUUCUUUAUAUCAUAUGCAAGGACUAUAUGCCUAUUUUUAUUUCCUCAUUCCUUUUCAUUUCUUCUGGGUCACAUGUUUCAAUCACACCAGCUAGUGAUGACAACCAUGCAAAACAGUUUUCUG